AUGGCGCUGAAAGAGACUGCGGGACUGUACGAGACGCUGAAGACAGAAUGGAACAAGAAAAACCCUAAUCUGAGUAAAUGCGGAGAUCUUUUGAGCAAACUGAAGGUUUCAUUACUCGCACUUAACUUUUUACCCACAACUGGAUCUUCACUCACCAAGCAACAGCUCAUUUUGGCCCGUGAUGUCCUCGAGAUUGGAGCUUUGUGGAGUAUUCUCAAAAAGGACAUUCCCUCCUUUGAAAGAUACAUGGCACAGUUAAAGUGUUACUACUUUGAUUACAAGGAUGAGCUACCUGAGGCUGCCUACAUGCACCAGUUGCUUGGGUUGAACCUGCUCUUCCUUUUGUCACAGAAUCGAGUCUCAGAGUUUCAUACUGAACUUGAGAGGCUAAGUGCAAAAGAUAUUCAGACUAAUGUGUACAUCAGGCAUCCAGUGUCCUUGGAGCAGUACCUGAUGGAGGGAAGUUAUAACAAAGUAUUUCUAGCAAAGGGUAACAUACCUGCUGAGAGCUACACUUUCUUCAUUGACAUUCUCCUCGAUACAAUUCGUGAUGAAAUUGCAGGCUGCAUAGAGAAAGCAUAUGAGCAAAUCCAGUUCAGUGAAGCCACACGAGUCCUCUUCUUUAGCUCCUCCAAAAAGAUGACAGAAUAUGCCAAAAAGAGGAAAUGGACCUUGAGUCCUGAUGGACUAUAUUCUUUUACCAGUCAGCAGCAGCGCACAGAGGAGGUGAACAUCCCAUCUACAGAACUAGCACAGCAGGUCAUCGAAUACGCAAGGCAGCUGGAAAUGAUUGUGUAA